ACAGGAGACCUAGGGGAGUGUGAACUCUUCAUGAGAGUGAUGGCCUGAGGAAAAAACUGUUCUCGUAUCUGGUCGUUCAGGCAGACAGUGCUCUGUAACACCUGCCAGAGGGGAAAAGUGUAAAGAGUUUGUGCCCAGGGUGUGUGGGAUCAAUGACAAUUCUGCUCGCCUGCUUGCUCAAUCUGGAUUUAUAGAGGACCUGAAGGAAGGGCAGAUGUGCACCAAUGAUCCCCAUCUUGACUGUCCUUUGUAGCCUAUUUCUGUCCAAUUUGACAAAAGCUGAGCCAAACCAGAAAGUUACAGCAGUGCACAAGACAGAGACUGAAAGACAGCUGAAUAGAACCAAUUCAACAGAUCCUGUGGCAGGUUAAAUUUCUUCAGGAGGCAAAGGAAGUACAUCCGCUGUUGGGCCUUUUUCACAAUGGAGUCAUAUGAUUUAAUGGGUGUUCUGGGAGAUUGUUGAACCCAGGAACCUGAAGGACUCCACAACUGAAAUGCCAGUAUUUGAAACAAUAAUAUUUCCCUUCUACCGGCAUAAAGCAGCCUGAAGACAAUAACAAUUUAUGCGCCAUACUUUUUUUUUGGUACACCAUCACUUUUUACCUCACACACAAGACAGAGGUCUUCAAGGGCCCGCCGUGUUACACACACUUUUACUAAUAAACACCCUCCGCGUCGACAAAUGAUCUGUGCGAAUUCAGCGGAUUCCCUCGCAACAAAACUGAUUUCGUCGUGAAAUUAAGUGAUGCCACAAUUAAGUGAUGUACUUGUCUUCAGGUUUUCAGACCGCGCAGCGUAAGGCGGUAAGCUGAGGCCGAAGCGCUUCGCGGUACAACGAAGGCCCUCUGGCUCGCGCCUCAUUGUGUGUACCUUUUCCUCGACGUCACUCUUCGCCGCACUCCCGCCAUCGCCAUUGGUCGCGUGGAGCCUCCGCGCCCUGAUGAAAGACGACGCGGGAAGGAAGACCACCGUCACAAGGGUACAGCGCCUACAUUGUGAAGAUCAGGAUCCCGGGAGUAUAAAGCUGCCCAAGUGUAGUGCUACACACUGUGUUCCAGCACUCUCUCCCUGCUGGAGAAGCGAGCUGCAGCCCUUCUGUGGUCCAGAACCCUAUCCGUGUGGGGGGGAAACAAUGCCUGUGGAACGCAUGGAGCUGAAGAAGGUCUGCACCGAGGCGGAUGAUGACAGCACAGACAGCCUCAAUGACCAAUACACCGAGCCCAUAGACUCUGAGAAGGCCACGAUAAACAGCCAAUUCUGUGAUGAAGAUUGCACAGAGAAUCAGAAGUUUUUGACAAAUGGAGUGAUGAAGAGGAAGAAGUAUGAAGAGUAUCAAGAGGAUGAGGAGCCGGGACAUACUUCCUUUGGGAUGUCAGUCUUCAACCUGAGCAAUGCCAUGAUAGGCAGUGGAAUCCUGGGAUUGUCCUACGCCAUGGCCAACACAGGCAUCCUACUAUUCGUCAUUCUGCUCUUCGGUGUGGCAAUCCUGUCUAUAUAUUCUAUUCAUCUGUUGCUUGUGGCAGCAAAAGAGGGAAGUAGGUACUUUAUUUCUGUCAUCCUUCAGGACAUUACUUCUUCUGCAAACUUGCCAUGUAAACUUGACGCACAUCCUUCUGUAGGCUCCCUUAUCUACGAGAAACUGGGAGAGAGGGCUUUUGGUUGGCCAGGGAAGAUUGUCACAUUUGGAUCGAUAAUGUUUCAGAAUUUUGGAGCCAUAUCAAGCUACCUCUUCAUUAUAAAGUACGAACUGCCCGAAGUGAUCCGCUCCUUCACGCACCUGGAGGAAAACUCUAGUGAAUGGUUUCUCAAUGGCAACUACCUGGUGGUGAUAGUGUCACUUUUGAUCAUCUUUCCUCUCAGCGUUCUCAAGAACCUUGGCUACCUCGGCUACACCAGCUGCUUUUCACUCGCCUGUAUGGUCUUCUUCUUGGGAACACUCAUUUACAAAAAGACCCAGCUGCCCUGCCCCCUGCCCUUCCUCCUGGACUCUGUCCUCAACCACAGUGUCAAUGGCUCCCAGCUGGAGCCACUCCACAACAUGCCUCUGAAUGACCUGCCUGACCCUACGGGGGCACUGUAUCACCCCAGUGCUCACGAGGACCACGAGCAGCAUGAGGACAUGUGCCAGCCCAAGUACUUUGUUUUCAACUCGCAGACUGCCUACUCCCUUCCCAUCCUGGUCUUUGCAUUUGUGUGCCACCCAACAAUCCUGCCCAUGUACAACGAGCUCAAAGAUCGGACGCGUCAAAAGAUGCAGCGCGUGUCCAACCUGUCCAUCUUCGCCAUGCUCAUCAUGUACCUGCUCUCAGCCCUGUUUGGCUACCUCACCUUCUAUGAUAAGGUGGAGGCAGAGCUACUGCACACAUUCACCAAGGUGUACCGGUUCGACACUCUGCUCCUCUUGGUGCAACUGGCUGUGCUGACAGCUGUGACUCUCACAGUGCCCCUCGUACUUUUCCCAAUCCGCACAUCAAUUAACGCGCUGCUCUUCAGCGGAAGAGAUUUCAGUUGGUUUCGACAUGCACUCAUAGCCGUUGUCAUUCUGACCUUCAACGACCUCCUGGUGAUCUUUGUCCCUACUAUCCGUGACAUCUUCGGCUUCAUCGGCUCCUCUGCAGCCGCCAUCUUGAUCUUCAUUCUGCCUGCUGCCUUCUGCCUUCGACUUGUGAAAUUAAGUUUAAUUCAGAAGAUCUCGGCGCUCGUGUUCCUCAUGGUGGGUAUUGUCUUCAUGAUUGGAAGCCUGAGUCUGAUCAUCCUGGACUGGGUCCACAACCCAUCUGAUUAUGGAGGCCACUAAAGGCUACAGAGCUGGAGAGCAGAACAGGCCCCCUCCUGGAUGAUCCAAGCUUGAGUAGGAUUGCUGUGCAGGAGAGCUUCAACCCAAAGAGUUUCAAGACUGAGCUUUUCUUUUCUUUUUUUUUUGC